AUGUCCAAAUACACGGACAUCAUGUCGGCCUUUCAGGAGCAAUAUCCACGCGACUCUCCGGACAGAGAUUUCCCACAUGACUCCACAGCGAUAACUAAAGGCCAAUUAACCGCCAAAAUUAAAAACAUCAGAGGGAAAUACAGGCAGGCAGUGGACAGUGGGCGACGGAGUGGCCAUGGGCGUGUGGUGCUCAUGUUUUUUGAACUCUGCGAGGAGAUCUGGGGAGGAUCGCCUGCAACACGCUCCAUUGAACAAGGCAUUGAGACGGCGGACCUGGUCGAGACGUCUUCAUCGACCUCGGAGCUGCCCCCUGACUCGCCACAGUCGUCAGACUCUGUUGAAAGUCUGCUGCCUCCUCCAGUCGUAAGGCAGCGCAGAGAGAUGCUGCAGGUAGGCAACAACAUCAAUGCGCUGAUUAUUUACUUUAAUUAUGUAAGACAUAACUGUGUAAGAUGA